CCGCCCAUUUUGUCUACGUAAUGCGAUAUAGGAAGAGGAUGGACUAUCCUGGCUGGGAAGAACAAUAUCAGAUGUUAAACUGACAGAUGAGACACGAUAAUCUGUGGCUGAAAGAUUGAAUGGAAGCAGGAGACAUAACUGGGGCACGAAAACAUACUUCGGACCAAAAGUGCGUCACUGAUCGAAUCACGGGAAACAGCCAUGUAAAGGACGCCAGUUCACAGACCGACCCCAAAGUGCAAGGUCAUGGACCUCGAUUAUCGAAAGUUAACCUUUACACUUUGCUGAGCCUAUGGAUGGAACUAUUUCCUCAGAAAUGCAAGGAGUCCAGAAACGAAACUGAGAAUGAGCUUACUCGUAGAACAGGUCUGGUGGUGGUCCAGGGGCGGAGGGUGCUGGGGCUCCACUGCUCAGGGCCGGAGCUGCACGCUGGCCAGGUGGCGGUCAUCAGGCACGGGCAUCGACUGGCCGGCUGCGACCUCUACUUCUCCAGGAAGCCCUGCUCCACCUGCCUCAAGAUGAUCAUCAACGCUGGUGUCAGUCGGAUAUCCUACUGGCCUGGAGAUCCAGAGAUCAGCCUGCUACUCCCUAGAACCAGCAGCAGCAGUAGCAGCAGAGCCAGUAGUCUCCUGGAGGCGGAGCUGGACGCCGCAGCCGCCGAGAAACUCAAGUCCAGCAGCCGGCCGCACAUGGGAGUCCUCCUGCAGCCCCUCUCCUGCCACAUGCAGCAGUUUGUGGAGGAGGAGUCGUCCUCCUGCGACUUCCAGGAGAAGAUGGCCUCCGACGGCGGUGCAGGUGCAGGUGCAGGUGGAGGAGGAGGAAGGGCCAGAUCAUCAUCCAGGCCGUCGGACGCGGCCCCUCCCCUCGACGUCCGAGAGCUCUUCAGAAGACAGCAGUGGAGGAACCGGGACGAGUUCUCCCGGGCGUUUUUGGACGUGGACGAGGCGAACCAUCGGGAACUAUUGACCAAGAUGGGUCUGGUGACGUUCUGCACCGAGCCCUAUUUCAGCAACCUGAGGCAGCACAUGACUGACUUGGUCAGGCUGUUGUCCUCUGUGGCGUCCAGCGUUCCGUUUCUAGAAGAUGGCGGUUAUGGAUUCUACCAGAAAGACGGUUCUGGUGUCUUGCAUCCCCCUGAUAUAGCCCAAGAUGUUCUCAGGCACUGCAUCAUUCAAGCCCAACUGUUAGCUUUUAGAACUGAGGACCCCAAGGUUGGAGUCGGAGCCGUGAUCUGGGCCGAGGGACAGCUGAGCUCGUGUGAUGGUACUGGUAACCUGCACCUGGUGGGCUGUGGCUAUAAUGCCUACCCGGUGGGCUCAGAGUAUGGGGAGUACCCGCAGAUGGGCACCAAGCAGAAGGACCGCCAGAGCAGGAAGUACCGCUACAUCAUCCACGCAGAGCAGAACGCACUGACCUUCAGGAGUGUGGAGAUAAAAGACAGGGAGAAGACGAUGAUGUUUGUCACCAAAUGCCCAUGUGACGAGUGUGUGCCCCUGAUCCGGGGAGCUGGUAUCCAGCAGGUAUACACUACAGACCUGGACAGUGGCAAGAACAAGAACGACAUCUCCUACCUGAAGUUUGAUGGCCUGCAAGGAGUCCAGAAGUACAUUUGGCAGAGAAGACCACAGACGAGGGAUGGAAGUCAACAGCAAUCUUUAGCAAAUGGAUGUCUGAAGCAUGCAAGGCAGGCAGAGGAGGAGCCGAACAUGUUAUCGAAUAAGAGGCUGCGUUGUUGAACACCUCACCAGUGACAAAAAAUGGGAAUGGGGGAGGGGAAUAUAUUCCCCUGGACACUGUAUGAAAAGCGUGCCGUUGCUUACAAGAAAAAGGGUCUGGUUGGGUUGUCGAAAUGUGCUGGUUUUUAGAGAGGCCAGAGAUGGCAACUUUAAAGUGAUCCCUUUUGUUGCUUCCAUAGAAAAUAUCACAAAGCCUUGCCAAUCCAAAUACUUGGUUUUACCGUUCUAACAUCUUUGAUCAAGGUGCUGCAUGUCUUGACUCCACCAUCCAUCAUAGCGCAAUAAGGAAAAAGGGCAUUUGUUUUAAUUAUUUGGCCUUGUUAGAGUUGAGGUCAGACCAUAUCAUACUGUAAUACAUUAUCUAGUUGCCUGCAUGUUGACUUUGCAAAAGAGUUUUAAGUCUAUCUAUUUUAAGAUUUUGUCACAUUUUAAAAAGACUUUAAUGAGACAAGCGGUUAUGUAAGAUGUGUGAAUGAAGAACAAUAUGUAAAUAUGUGAUGUGUGCAGGAAAGAAAUGGUUGUGAAAGAAAAUAGUUUGUUGUCCCUGU